AUGCCCGGCCCCCGCUCCACCUCCCACAUAAAACAAUACACCCCCACCCAAUUCUCCGCCGCCAUCGCCGCCGUCUCUUCCGGGAGUCUGUCCAUCCGCAAAGCCGCCCAAGCGCACUCCAUCCCCUUUUCCACUUUGCAGCGCCACUUCCAGGGGACUCCACAAGCCAAGCGUUCUUACGAGGCGUCCUCGCGGGAGAUGCAAAAGCUUACGCCCGAGCAAGAGGAGAAUAUCGCCAUGUGGGUGCUUGCGCAGGAGAAUUUGGGGUUGCCGGUGAAGAUGGAGGAUAUUCGACGGUUUGCUGAUCGGGUUUUGGAGGUGGGGUUGAAAGAGGGACAGGCGCAGGGGCAGGGGAUGAUUCAGAAGAGGGGGGCAGGGGGAAGUGGGGGUGGGAGGAGGAAAGUGGUUGGGAAGGAUGGAAAAGAAGGGAAGGAUGGCAAGGAUGGUAAGGAUGCUAAGGAUGGCAAGGAUGGUAAAGAAGGAGAGGGACAAGGGGAGGAGGGUAAGGAAGCGCAGGAAGAAAGAUCAACAACCACCUCCACCGUAACGGUAGGAAAACACUGGGGACCCAAGUUCAUGCAACGCCAUCCGCAGCUCAAAGCAGCGAGAGAAGCAAGGAGGAAGGAGUUGAAGAAGGGGUUGAGGGGGAAGCAGGCUGCUGCUACUACCACCACUACUACCACUACUGCUGCCGCUGUCGUCAACACCCCCACGCCAGCCGCCGCCGCUACGAACGGUCAUCAAAUUGGACUGCCGCAGACUCCCACUCCUGCUGUUAGUGGUGGUGGUCAAAGACAACGGAACGGUCCUCAGAAGAAGAACAACGGCCAGCUACAGAUACAGCAACAGCAACAGGAUGACGAAGAUGUCGAUCCAGAACUGAUGGACCAAGAUCAAGAUCAAACUGUCGUCAUGGAAGAGGUCGGCCAAGAUGAUGAGGAUAUGGAGGACGACGACGACAACGAAGAAGACCAAAAUGAUACUGUCCACGUCAAGGACGAACUUGAAGAAGAAGAGUACUACGAAGACGAGCAAACGCCUGAUCAGCAGCUGUUGAUGGAUUCGCAGCGGUAUUCGAGGUUCGCGACGACCAACGGAAGUCAUUAG